AUGGCUGCUUCACUCCGUCAUUUGGCUCGCUUCCAACAUGCCAUUGUUGCCGCCCGCACUGCUCCAAGAUUGUGCACUGCUGUCAGAACUUCAACGACAUUGAACGAUGGAGCCAGCAAGGUUCCAGAUCAUUCUCUCCAUUUCAAGGUUGAGAGAUACUGGGCUGCUGGAAUGCUUCCAAUCAUUCCUGCUUCCUAUUUCAUCCAUUCUCCAGUUAUGGAUACUCUUCUUACUAUUGCUUUGACUCUUCAUAUUCACUGGGGUGUUGAGGGAGUUCUUCACGACUAUGCUCGCCCAUUUGUUCUUGGCGACGGACUAGCUAAGAUUGCUCACAUGAGCGUCUACCUUAUCACCGGUCUUCUUCUCGCCGGACUUUUGCACUUCAAUACCAAUGAUGUCGGACUCACCAAGGCCUUCGAGAUGGUCUUCGCCCUCUAA